AUUAAAGAGCCAACGAAGCAAGCGGUGUCCUCUAGCAGAAGGAGACCCAUCCAUCCAUCCAUCCAUCCAUCCAAAGCCAAAAGAAAAAAAAAAUAAAUAAAUAAACACACACACACAAAAGCAAAUCAGUGCUGCUGUUGUUUGUACGUAGCCAUAUCGCGCAUCAUGGGAACUACUAGUAGAGCGAGCUCGAGCUUGCAGUUGGCCGCCGCUUUGGCAAUAUUGGUGGCGGCGUGCCUUGUUCCUGUUGGGGCAGAGGACCCUUACUUGUUCUUCGAGUGGGACGUGAGCUAUGGGGACGUUAGCCCCCUGGGUCAGCCCCAAAAAGGCAUCCUCAUCAACGGCCAAUUCCCCGGCCCCAGGAUCAACUGCACCUCCAACAACAACAUCGUGGUCAACGUCCACAACAAUUUGGAUGAGCCUUUCCUCCUCACCUGGAGCGGCAUCCAGCAACGCAAGAAUUCUUGGCAGGACGGCACCCCCGGCACCAUGUGCCCCAUCCAGCCCGGCUCCAACUUCACCUACCGCUUCCAAGUCAAGGAUCAAAUCGGCAGCUUCUUCUACUUCCCCACCACCGCCCUCCACCGAGCUGUAGGCGGCAUCGGCCCCCUCCAGGUCGUCAGCCGUGAGCUCAUCCCUGUCCCAUUCGACCCCCCCGCUGACGACUACUACGUGCUCAUCGGGGACUGGUACGGAAAGGACCACAAGUCCCUGCGCAACCAGCUUGACAGCGGCCGCUCCCUAGGUCGCCCUGCCGGCCUCCACAUCCACGGCCAACAUUACGACGAGUCCAAGCCCCCGCCCCCGCUCUAUACCAUGGAGGAGGGCAAGACCUACAGGUAUAGGGUGUGCAACGUCGGCAUGAGGAUCUCCUUCAACGUCCGCAUCCAGAACCACCCCAUGAAGCUGGUGGAGGUGGAGGGAUCCCACGUCGUCCAGAAUGUCUACGACUCCCUCGACGUCCAUGUCGGCCAGUGCGUCUCCUUCUUGGUCACCGCCAACAAAGAGCCCAAGGACUACUUCCUUGUGGCUUCCAGCAGGUUCACCAAGGGGCCUCUCAUCAACAAGGCCAUCCUCAGGUACGCCAACGGCAAGGGAUCCGCCUCUCCAGACCUGCCGCCACCCCCACCAGAGUCAGCCGUGGGAAUCGCUUGGUCCACCAAUCAGUUCCGCUCCUUCCGAUGGAACUUGACGGCCAGCGCUGCCCGCCCCAACCCCCAAGGAUCCUACCACUACGGCCGCAUCAACAUCACUCGCACCAUCAAGCUGGUCAACUCUAGGGAGCGAGUGGAUGGCAAGCUGCGGUACGCAAUCAACGGAGUGUCGCACGUGGACUCGACCACCCCGCUGAAGCUGGUGGAGUACUACGGCGUGCAAGAUAAGGUGUUCAAGUACGACACCAUCAAGGACGACCCAGGCACUGAGGCACCCUCGAAGGUGCUGUUACAGCCCAAUGUGCUCAACGCGACAUUCCGCAACUUCGUGGAGAUCAUAUUCGAGAAUAGGGAGAAGACGAUCCAGACAUGGCACCUGGACGGGUACAGCUUCUUCGCAGUGGCAAUGGAGCCGGGGAGGUGGAGCCCGCAUAAGAGGAAGAACUACAACCUAUUGGAUGGCCUAAGCAGGCACAACGUGCAAGUGUACCCGGGGUCAUGGUCGGCGGUGAUGUUGACGCUGGACAACGCGGGGAUGUGGAAUUUGAGAUCGGAGAUGUGGGAGAGGUUCUACUUGGGGCAGCAGCUCUACCUGAGCGUCCUAUCCCCGCAACGCUCCCUGAGGGACGAGUACAACCUCCCAGAAACCACCCUGCUCUGUGGCAUCGUCAAGGACAUGCCCAAGCCCCAACCCUACAGUAUUGGCCCCUUCUGAUCAUCCGGCCAAUCCAUCUUCGGCUUUGGCUUACGUACAACAAAAAUUAAUUAAUAUUAAUUGUGCUUCUGCCCUUUGCUUUUGUUUUUGUUUUAUUUGUUUUAAAAAACAAACUUUUCUUGUUCUUGUUGUUCUUCAAACUCAUCUUCAUACCCAUGAGUGUCCGUUGUUGGGUCAUGAUGAGUAUAAGUGGCUGGAUGGGAUGGAGCCGCGGGCUAAAGUGGAACCUCUGGAAGGGUGGGAACUAGUGAAGGAUGAACUGGGGGCAUCUAGGUGAUCCCCAAGUGCUAAAAGAGGGUGCGUAUCAUCCUUUGCUGCUGGUGCAACUCAAUGGUCAGGCUAGAGAUCGUUUAG